AGCCAAUGCUAUUGCUGGUAAUUCAUCUUCGCGGUUAGAGUCCAUAACCCCACUUAUAUUAGACUUUUUCAGUGACAUAAGUUCUACAACCAGUGAUCGCGUGUUUAACGUUUCGUGAAUCUGUAAAGUCACCGCGCAUUUAGGUUAAAUUUCGACUCAAUUUCAAUUCGUCGUUUCACGGAAUACAUUUCAUUGUGUGUCAGUUACUUUUAAUUUCUCUUCAAAGGUGUAGGAUUCGGUAUCUAAUUUUUUAAAAAGAAAUGGGGUACUUAAAACGCGUCGGGACGUUUUUCAUAUAUGUUGCCGUUUUUUUUGCUAUUUUGGCCUUUGUACCAGGUAUCCCACCGAAUAUACAAUUUUCUGAAUACAGUGUAGUUCCAUCUAAGGCAGUAAAUCCAGGUUUAGCAAUCAACGACAGGCUAAAUUCAGCUGAGAGGUUAUUUGAAGGGAGGUUGAAGGGACCUGAGUGUUUUGACAGUUAUAAUGGUGAAUUGUAUACUGGAUUACAUUUUGGUCAUGUCGUAAAAAUUGUGGGAGAUGAGAUUGUUCCUAUUGUCAAGUUUGGAAAACCUUGUAAUGGUAUAUGGGAAGAAAGCAAGUGUGGAAGACCACUUGGCUUACGAUUUGAUAAGAAAGGAACUCUGUAUGUGGCGGAUGCCUAUUAUGGAAUAUUUAAAGUUGACGUAAAAACUGGCAAAUAUGAAACAGUUGUCGAUGCUUCUGAAGAAAUCAAAGGAAAGCGGCCAAGAGUUUUUAAUAGUUUGGAUGUGGCAAGUAAUGGGGAUAUAUACUGGACUGAUUCAAGUUAUAAUUUUGGAAUUGAAGAUGGAUUAUUUGCAAUACUAGAUAAUCCAACUGGAAGACUGAUUCGUUACAAUGCUGCGACAAAGAAGAAUGAAGUGCUUUUACAUGAUUUGGUAUUUGCUAAUGGCAUUCGUCUCAGUUCAGAUGAAAGUUAUCUCGUUGUAGUAGAAUCUAUCGCAUCACGUAUUAUUCGAUACAAUUUGAAGGGACCCAAGGCUAACCAGGCUGAAGUGUUUAUUGAAGGUAUUCCAGGAGUGCCUGACAAUAUCUACCAUGAUGGUCAAGGUGGAUUCCUAGUACCACUUAUUGAUUCCUCGGAUGCUGAACAUCCACAAUUAAUAAAAUCUUUAAUUCCUCAUCCGAACAUUCGGAAGGUGAUAGUCAGAUUGUUGACACUGAUAGAGAAACCGUUCAAAAUGUUAGACGAAGUUUAUCCCAACGAGUUUCUAAAGAAAAUUGUACACGGGAUAGGUUCUUUUGAAUAUACGCCGAUUUUUAACGACUUGGUAACCAUUCUUAGAAUCGAUGCAAAUGGAAAAAUCAUAGACGCAGCGUAUUGCACGUCGGGCAAAAUUCGUGGAAUUAGUGCGACGUUUAUUCAUGAUAAUUAUCUAUGGAUUGGUUCUCCAAUGGCUGAAUACUUGGCAAGAAUUCCACUUAAAGAUGCUUUCCCAAGUCUAGCUGUUACUGCAAAGAAGGUCAAAGCUUCUGAAUCAACUGCUCCAGCUGCGCCACAUACGACUGCUAAACCAGCUACUACCACACCAGCACCGACAACACCUAAGCCGACCACUACUACCCCUAAGCCAACUACUACUACUACCCCUCAGCCAAGUACUACUACUCCUAAACCAACUACUACUACUCCUAAACCAACUACUACUACCCCUCAGCCAAGUACUACUACUCCUAAACCAACUACUACUAAGCCAAUUACUACCACUUCUAAACCAACUACUACUACAACAACCCCUAAACCAAAAACUACAACUCCAGCACCAGCUACAACUUCAAAACCAGACACAACAACAACAACAACGACUCCUAAGCCAAGGACUACGACUCCCACGACUGCAAAACCAUCUACUACCCAACUACCAAAAGCAACAACUACGACUUCUAAACCGGCUGAUACAACAAAGCCUACGUCAAAGACUGUCAAACCUGCAGAAGCUCCUGAAACAAAAUCUCAAACGCAGAAACCUGAUAAAGUUAAGUCAUCUACUGGUACGCAAUAGGCAGCUUUUCCGAAACACACCACAAGUAGCAAUAAUCUUGCUAGUAUUUUUACGAAACCGUAAAGCAUUCCAUUUUCGUUUAUUUCCAUUGACUUACUAUACGCGGAUUCGAGAGUGGUAAUCUCCUUGGAGGACGUUUAUUUGUUUGACUUGAAAGUAUUUCCUUAUUUUGUUAAUGGGAAUACGAUACGACUGAGUUGUCAUGCUAUUUUUGGUUUAAAUGGAAAUAUUUAAUGUUAUACAAAUGUUUUAUUUAAUAUCCAAUGUUUCUUCAAUUGUUCUAUUUUUAUUUGUUUAUGUUAACGGGAUAUAGGUACAGCUUUUAAUUGAAGAUGCUCUGUUUUUUUUUCUUAUCUUUUUAUAAUAAGCUGCUUCAUUUCUAUAUGAGCCACUCAGUGCACACAUCGAUUAACUCCACUUUUUGAAAAAUCUUAAAUUUAAGUGUCAAAGCACUUGGUAUAGUCAUAACUUUUUAUAUUUAUAAUGACUUUCCUGAAUAAUAAAGAUUAGCACCAUUAAACGGCACAAUUUUUUUGGCCAUUGAAUAAUAAGUAAUUUACAAUAUACGUUACUUCAUCGCAUUUCUCAACUUUUUGUUUUAUGGAGUUAAUCGAUGUGUGCACUGAACGGCUCAUAUGAUAGUAAUUAGUUAUAUAAUCCUUUCCUUUUUCACAGACUUAUCAAAAUGUAAAAAUUCCAAGAAAUAUUUAAUAGAAAUAAUGUGGUUUAUGUUUGUACAUAUGAAAAAAGGUACGACUGUUCAACUUUUCUACUCAACAUACAUUAAAUAUUUUAUUGAUUUUUACUUUAUCUUGUUAUAUCGUAUUACUAUAUUAUGAUAGAUUUGGAAUAUCACAUUUGCUACAAUUCAUAGGACGAAUUCAGAAAUAAAGAUGUUGCGUUUUAUAGACUAAAAAUGUUAUUUCGCUAUGAUUGAUAUGUUUAUCUAAAACAAGCAUGGCAGGCUUAAUCAAUAUACGUAAAUUUUUCAGGGUGGUAUUAAAAUAUCAUGCAUAUAUUAUUUCAUUUGUCCUAUUAGUUAUAACAAUGGAUAUAUCCAUUGGGUAAUCAUUAUUCUAAUGUAAUUGUUACUCAUUAUCAACGGUGGUUCGAAUUUUCAAUAGGAAUCAGAUAGGGGACCACAAUUAGUGAUCUGUAAAGGUUGAUGAGAAAAUGGCGAUUAAAAAUACAAAUAAUUUUUA